AUUCUAUUCCACCUCACUGCAGCAGUUGCACUACUUCUCUUGGACCCUCCUCUUCCCUUCUUCUUCAUCGCCUCUAUAAAUAGCAGCCAUUCUCGCAGCUCCUUUCACACCUAAACUUCCAAUUUCACCUUCAUUUACCCAAAAAGGAGAAGCUUAAUAUAUAUAUACUUGGUGGGGUUCUUGAUAGACACAAUGUAUCAGACGGAGUCGUCGUGGGGUUCUUACAUGCCACCAAGAAACGUUGGUGAUCCAUUGGAACGCAUAGAGAGGCUAGCGUCAGAGAAUGCGGUGGUGAUUUUUAGCAUAAGUACUUGCUGCAUGUGUCAUGCCAUAAAGAGGCUGUUCUGUGGGAUGGGGGUACACCCAACAGUGCAUGAGCUCGACGAGGACCCAAGAGGAAAGGAGAUGGAGAAGGCUCUCAUGAGGCUUCUUGGGAGUUCUUCUGCUGUUCCUGUUGUGUUCAUUGGAGGAAAACUUGUGGGUGCCAUGGAUAGAGUCAUGGCUUCUCAUAUUAAUGGCACUCUUGUGCCUCUUCUCAAGGAAGCUGGUGCUCUUUGGCUCUGAUCAGUGAUCAUAUUCUAAAGAAAGAGAACACAAAAGAAGAAGAAAAGAGAAAAUGAUGACUCAAUAGUAAAGAAAGCAGAGGAAGAGGAGUGGUGUUUGUGAGUGAUUCUCCUCCAUUUUGGAUAGACUAAUCACUGAUGUUUUUAGUUUUCCUGCUUCUUUUUUGUCUUUUUUUUUUUCUUUGGUUUUCAUUUUCUGGACCUAUUUUUCUGCAUAUGGGUCUUCUGGUUUGGCUUGUGUUUUUCACUAAUCUGGGUCUCGUUGAGAAAUGUAAUUGCUCCCUCCUCUGUAUAGAAAGAAAAAAGAAAAAAAAUAUCUACUCAUUUACUC